AUAUCUACAUCAAGUUUUGUAUGAAUCAUCUGGAUUAUUGUGUAGACUAGUAGAUCCAUAUCGGAAGAUUAGAUCUCGAUUCUCUAUGUAGAUUCUUUUUGCAAUUUAAAGCAACGUUUAGGAUAAUUUUUCUACCAUUUUUAUGAUUCUAAAUCUGGUCUAGAUCUCUAUAAAGAUCUAAGAAUUUUUGUGUUUUUUAAUUUUUACCAACUCCACUCUCAGUGGACAGUGACUGUCAAAGUCAGUAGUGUCAGUUGAGUCAAUCAAUCAUUCCCUGUUCAACUGUUCGUGAAUCAGUUUGAGUUAAGAUUACAAGAACAAGUUAACCAACAAUAAAACUUCACACUGAACAUGACGGAAGCUCGUCAGAGUUAGUCUUUUAGAUCGGAUGCUUUUUACAAAAUACUUUUUGUGAUGGAUUGAUACGUGGAUUACUACUUGAUUGAAAUUAAACUUUUUAAAAGUCCUGUGGAUAUGGUGAGGUUUUUGUGGUUUCUUUUCAUUGGAGAUUUAACCAGAGGCAUCACUGACCAACGCUUAAGGUACACGUAAGAACUGGGAGUUUGAAUUUUUCUGUUUGGGGACUCAAUUUUGAAGAAGCUGAUGGCCAUGUCCACUCCAAACGGAACGCCAGUCACCACACCGGUUCGGCUGACCUACAGCCCGUCAAGGGAAUCUUCGGUCGGGCCUGCCGGAAGCGAUACUUCAGAGUCAUCUGUGGAUUCCAGCAAUCCUCACCCGCGGAAGCUCUUCCGCAUCCGCUCCAAGGCCGGCGAGAUGACGUUUGGUAAACUGCUGACCAACCCGACAUUUGUCAACCCGGAGCAGUCCGGCUAUGUGGGCUUCGCCAACUUGCCCAACCAAGUGCACAGGAAGUCGGUCAAAAAGGGAUUUGAGUUUACCUUGAUGGUCGUAGGUGAGUCAGGUCUGGGCAAGUCUACACUAGUCAACAGUUUGUUUCUCACAGACUUGUAUCCAGAGAGACACAUUCCAUCAGCUUCAGAGAAAAUUGAUCAGACAGUGAAGAUUGAUGCCUCCACAGUGGAGAUAGAAGAAAGGGGAGUGAAGCUGAGGCUGACUGUAGUGGAUACCCCUGGCUUCGGGGAUUCCCUCAACUCCACAGACUGCUUCAAGCCCAUCAUCCAGUACAUCGAUGACCAAUUUGAACGCUACCUGAACGAUGAGAGCGGGCUGAACAGACGGCACAUCAUAGACAACAGAGUCCAUUGUUGCUUUUAUUUUGUGAACCCUUCCAGUCACGGGCUCAAGCCUCUGGACAUUGCCUUUAUGAAAGCUGUCCAUCACAAGGUCAACAUAGUCCCUGUCCUGGCCAAGGCAGACACGCUCACACAGCUGGAAGUAACCACACUGAAGAGAAAGAUACUUGAUCAGAUUGAUGAGUUUGGUAUACGGAUCUACCCCCUGCCAGACUGUGAUUCUGAUGAAGAUGAGGAUUACAAGGAACAGUGUAGACAGCUUAAGAACGCAGUACCUUUUGCUGUUGUUGGCGCCAACACUAUUAUUGAGGUGAAAGGUCGUAAAGUCAGGGGUCGCAUGUACCCCUGGGGAGUAGUGGAAGUGGAAAACCCAGAACACUGUGAUUUUAUCAAACUCAGAACCAUGUUAAUCACACAUAUGCAAGACUUGCAGGAAGUCACACAAGAAAGUCAUUACGAAAACUACCGAGCAGAAAAACUGGCCAACGGAGGCAGCAUAAAGCAUGGGAAAUCUACUGGCUCUGUUGACAGGAUGGAGAAUGGGGGAGAUUAUUCAGACAAAGAGAGAGAACUCAAGCAGAAGGAAGCUGAGUUGCGGAGGAUGCAGGAGAGGCUUGCCCGCAUGCAAGCUGAAAUUGAGUCGAAGAAGCCUCAACAUAUUCAAAAUGGAGAUCUGAAGUCACAGGAUCUCUAGCCUUGUUCACUGUUGGAUAAAUAUAUUUUUUAUAGAUCAGUUCAUCUCAAAGGGACGACAAAAUCAGCAUUUUUUUUAACGAUAAAUACUUGAACAGCUCAACUACACAUCAUCCUGACAGCUGUCACAUGUCAGCAAGCAUCUUCAUUGAAUUCCACAAAUGAACAAACAUCAUCACAGCCAUCAAGCCAAGACUCCACUCUUCACUGCAUAUUUGUAUAAACCAUUAUGUUCAUAGUUUAUGUUGACUUAGCAUACAUUUUUGUUUGAACUUAAGGUAUCAACAUUUGAACUUUAAGUAUCAACACUACAAUUGGUUGCUGUUAUCCAGUUUUAGGCUCAAAUCUUUUGUAAUGAAAUUCAUGGUAGCAAAAAAAUUUUGACCAAAAGAUGGUUCACUCUGACAAUCCAAAACAAAAAGGAAAUAACCUUCAUAGCCAAUGUCAAGUUUUGUGAAUCUGUUCAGCUCAAGUUUUCAUAACAUCAUGUACAUAUUGUCAUCUUACAACAUACUACAUUGCAAUGGUCCCCAACCUUAACGUCACCGACCCACACAAUGCUAUGUGACUCAUGUGGGGUAGGUCUUGACUCUGAGGUUGGUAACUACUGCAGGAAGGCUCCUUUAGUAUCAGUGCAAUCUCUUCAUCCUGCUUUAUUUUGUUUCAUGGGUACAUUGGAUUCACUCAAAAUUUAUCUUGGGAUCAAGAAUGAAUUCACAAUGACACUGUGUCCAUUUCUAUGUUCAAAGUAAAUAAAUCUAAAUUGUUUGUUUUAUCUGUAUAAUAAGUGUACAAUAAAUCAGUCCAGAUCUAGUUUUUUUUUUUUUUUUUUUCUAUCCUAUGUAUAAGUUUACAAAAAAAAAUGAAUCUAGAUCUAGUGUUUUUUUCUCAGUUUGAGCACAAUGUAUUGCUAUUCACAGCAUGAACUUGUCAGUGUCAAUAUGUGAUCAUAUUCCCCUGUUGUCUUCCAAGAUAGACCAAGAUACUAAGUUAUCACAUGAUUACAUAGGACCAAACAUGAUAAUGUAGAGAUAUUUUUAGAUUAGAAAAGGGGAAGUAACACACUCCUGUUGGUAUGAGAGAAGCUCCAGUAACAAUUCAUCUCAUUCUGAUGUCUGAUUUAUUCUUACCAAGUUUAUACACAUUUUGUUGUCAAUAAUACAGACAUAAUUAAGUACAUUUUGUGUCACUUUGUAAGAAAUGAACAUUAUUGGUCUCCCCUGGUUCAGUCUUGACAUGGCAUCUACAAAUGUCCAGAGUUAGACCAAGAGUUGAUGAGCUGGCUGAGUGUGUGUGUGUAGUGAAGUUCAAUAUUUUGUUGAUAAUUCAAAGCUCUACAUUGAUAGCACUUUGAAAUAGCAAAAAAAAAUAUUUUUUUUUUGGUUAAGACUUGAUAAUAAUAAUGUUUAUUUUUGUAGAAGUUAAUUUUUUUUUUUAUUACAUGCCAAGACUUGCUUUAGAUUACUUACUUCAUGAACUAACAUACUGCCAUAGAACUUUUGAGCCCGUUGUUUGGACUGUGUCCCCCUGAAUGGUUUCAUCCCUAACACUCUGUCUAUGCUGAGAUGUUCUGUUUGAAACUUGGUUUUUGUUUAGACACCUAGUCACUUGUCAGGGCUCCCAGUGAAGAGUGAAACUAACACAUCACACUAAAACCAUUUUCACCAGGCCAGUGUCAGGCAUUAUCAAACGUGUCUUACACUGACCAUGCCUCAGUUAAUCUUCUAAAGAUUCUCUAAGAAAUAUUGUCUUAGACUUGAUGUAGGAUAUUUUUUUUUUAUUCAAAGUUUUGCACACUUCACUGAUUUUUUUUUUUUUCUUUUUAAUUUCUAAGUUUUUCAUUCAAAUAAAAUUUCUUUAAUGUUGUCAAAUGUGUAGACCUAGACUGAGGUAAAUUAGAUUGAGAAGUAGGAUCAAGUUUGAUUUGAAGCUUAUUUCAAUAGUGCACAAUCAUUUUCAAUUUUGGGGAGGGAAGGGGUUCAUAUAAAAUUCUUAUUGUGCGUUGAAGGUCUGCAUCACUGCAAAAAUGUAGAACUAAGUCUGUACAAGUGAGCAGUAGUGUCAAUCAGUGCCAGAUAGCACUUUGUCACACAUGGCCAUGUGGUCAAUCAGUGCCAGAUAGCACUGUGUCACACAUGGCCCUGUGGUCAAUCAGUGCCAGACAGCACUGUGUCACACAUGGCCCCAUGGUCUGGCGGCACUGACCUAGUACAUAUCAUUAUGGGAGUAUUUGAAUCCAGACUACAGCUGCAAUGCUCUGUGAGCACUGAAUCCCACACCUUGCUGCCAAAACAUUUGAUCUAUCACUCAGAUUGACUUUUUUUCCUUGCAACUUUUUCUGUGUCAUUAUUUUCAGUUGAUGAAAAUGUGUAAAUAGAUCAAAUUUAUUGUCCUCCAUUUUUUUUCCCCCUACUUAUUGUUUUGUAUCAUGUCUUUGUUUAGUUGACCUUGACCUAGAUGUAGUUGACCUUAUUUUUUUUUGGUCUUUUCUCAUUUAAAAAAAUAUGUUUCUAACUUAAAGCUUUGCUUCAACAUGAUUUUGUGUGUAUGUGUGUGUGUUUGUUUAUUUUGUCACUUUGUUCAAGAUAAAACUUGGAUGGAAGUAAAGCGUUUCACUUACACAUAUAUUUCAAUCUAACAGACUUGAAGUUUUGAGUGUCAGUUGCACGAUCAGUGGGUUUGGUCCCAGACCUUUGGUUAUAGAAGGCCUGAACUCCGACCUGCAACGUCACAAACUGUGGGCAGUGGAGACCAAUAGCCAUGUUGUACAGACCUGUGACGUGGCAACGAGUUAUUGGUCUAAACUGCCCACAGGUUGCGGCUUUACAGGUCAGUGUUCCGCCCUUCUUUGACAGUUGGUCUUGGUUUUAGACUAAGGAACAACUCAAAAUUUUUCUUUUACAUUGUUGUGUUCUCAAUUGUUUACAGAUCGAGUAGAAAAAAAAAAAAAUUUAAAAAUUCACACACCAAAAAAAAAGAAAGGUAUGAAGAAUUCAUUGCUCUCGAUUCAUUUCAUGAUUCACUCUUCAUCUGUCCAGAUUACUUGAGCAUAGACUUCCACUGUUAUUAUGUAGACAUGUGUAUAAAUAUACUAUAUUCAAUGACAUCUAAGAACUCUAUGCUCUGUCUAUAUAUAUAUAUAAAUAACAGGCUAUAGUCAAUGUACAACAUAUUGUGUUGUCUAUAUCCAACACAUCUAUAUCUCCAUCUGUUUUAACUCUGAAGUUUUUUUUUGUUAAGUGCCUAGUAAAUUUUUGUACAAGAUUUUAUUUUACCUUCGUCUGUCUGUUUUGUUUUUUUUUUACUUUGAUUUGUCAUGAAACUGUGUUCAAAUAUUGUAGACCUUGUUUAUUUUGUGUAUCACAUUUUCAAAUGUAAGACUUAAUAAAUUAAAGAAUUUCUGGACUUGAUAUUAACACACAAAACAAAUAUCAAAGGAAAAACAAGUUCUUGAACACUGUCUGAAUGUCAUCAUGUUCUUAAGUUGAUUUCUUGAUCUUUGAAAAGCUACUGCUCACCAUUUUGUCCAUUGAUUUUUUUUGUGUGUUUCUUUUAACAUAUACAAAAACAACAAUGAAUUUAAAGAAUAAAAAAAAUUGUUUGAAAAUUU